AUGGUUGCGCAAUCGCUGGCCUCGCUAUUGCAGCGAGCGUCGAUUGACGAUCACGAGGAAGUCCUUCAGUCUUGCAAUGCAGCACUCGCCAAGUCGAAGUCAGAUCUGAAGGCGCAACAUAUUAAAGUCGUUGCUCUUUUGAAACUCGACCGCUACGAAGAAGCUCUCAAGACAUUCCAAGCUGGAGGUGAUGCCCUAAAGAAGAGCGCAGGCUUGGAAUACGCCUAUGCAUCAUACAAAUGCGGAAAGCUUGAAGAAGCUACGGAAGCUGUAACUCGUGCUGCUUCUGGGCGUGGCACUAGCCACCUCGAGGCUCAAGUGCGGUAUCGUGCCGAGAAUUUCAGACGCGCAGCUGAAAUCUACGAAGAAUUGUCGAAGGAUACAUCUUACAGCCACGAGGUUAACGACCUGAACAUCAACUCGUGGGCCACUGAUGCACAGCUCCAAUGGAAAGGAGAGCCGGAAUUCGUGCGCCACGACCGAUUGUCGCGGGAGGAUUUGGAAUCAUUCGAAAUAACCUACAACGCAGCUUGCCUGAACAUUGCAAAGGGCGCAUUGAAGCAGGGCGAAGUGUUGCUUAACAGAGCUCGAGACAUUUGCCGGACAUCGGAGGAUCUCUCACCAGAAGACAAGACCGCAGAGCUACUACCAAUUGCAGUGCAGCAACUUUAUGUCCUGAUCCGACUUGGAAAAUUGGAAGAGGCCGAGGCGGUUCUGAAAGACAUCUCUGUGGAAGAAAUUUCCGAGUUAUCGACCAAAAAGAUCGCCCGCAACAAUAUCGUUCUCGCUCGCCCAACCGCUGUCAACCCCUACAUUCUAUACAAGGCCCUUCAUGACACCCCAGAUGCCACCAACAACGAUAGGCUGUUCGAAUAUCAAGACCGUGAUCUGAUCGGCAACUCGCAUGCCGCAGACCUUCUGGUCCAAAAAUACGAUGGCAUAAUCCGGUCCACAUCCAAGGCGCUGUCAAAGCGCCCAAGCCCGUCCACAGACGCUAUCCCUAACCUCCUAUCUGUAUCCAACGCAGCAGCCCAUGCCAAAGGCCUAACAGACUCCAAAGCCAUUAACCACAUUGCUCCAUUGCUGGAGCGACGGCCCACAGACAUCGGACUGCUCCUGACAGUCGUGCAACUCUAUGUUAGCGGCGGUAACACCACCUCUGCCAUCACAGCCAUGGAGCGAACGCUCCGCAUCCUGGAGGAUUCAAACAACUCAGUCCGCUUCAACCCAGGUCUCCUCAGUGUUCUCGUCUCCCUGUACCAGCUCGAAGGCCGCAGGGUUCAGAUUCGGACCACCCUCGCACAAGCCGCCUCCUACUGGCGCACACAACCCGAGCCUUCCGUGUCUCUCCUCCGCGCAGCAGCUGCUUCCCUUCUCCACUCCGAAAACCGCUCUGACCUCGCUACAGCUGGUGAGCUGUUCCGCUACCUGCAACAGCAAGAUCCCAACGACACCAUCGCCAUCGCCGGCUAUGUCGCCUCACAAGCAACCCUCGAUUACGCGCAGGUCGAGUCUCAACUCGACAGUCUUCCCGCAGUCAGUGACUUGAUUGCCGAUAUCGAUGUCGCAGCUCUGGAAUCCGCUGGCGUCUCUCCAUCUGCGUCUUCUGCUGCCGCAGCAGCUGCCGCUUUCGCAGGUGCCCGCAAGCGCACUGCAGCUAGCGCUGGCGACCGCGCUAACAAGCGUGUCCGCAAGUCCCGUCUCCCCAAGGACUUCGAUCCCGCCAAGAAGGUGGAUCCCGAGCGUUGGCUCCCUAUUCGUGACCGCUCUUCUUACAGGCCCAAAGGCAAGAAGGGCAAGCAGCGUGCUGCAGCUCUUACACAGGGUGGCCCCGUCAACGAGAAGGCAGAGGAGUCUGCUCCUCAACAGCAGCAAAAGCCCAGUGGAGGCUCUAAUGCUAAGAAGAAUAAGAAGAAGGGCAAGCGGUAA